AUGGAUACGGGGUGGAUGUCUUUACCACGAUCUACCAUUGAAUAUAGAAAAUACCUCGACGAAUUUCUUGAUUAUAUCUUUCAAACUGAGGGUAAAAAUGGACAGAUAUCAUGUCCAUGCAUUAAUUGCAGUAAUCAAUUAUGGGUAGAUCAGGAAGAGGCUAGAACACAUCUGCUGUGUGACGGGUUUUUUAAAGGUUAUACAAUUGCACCUUCGAUUUGCAAACCAUGUGACACUCCAAUGGAGGAUGCUGAAGAUGACAUGCAAGGGUUGGUGCAUGAUACCUUCCAUGGGUUUGGCGACAACAUACAAGAAAAUGAAGUAGAAUCACAAAAUGAAAGCCAGAGUAUGCCAAAAACAGAUGCAAAAAAGUUUUAUGAGGUGUUGGAAGAUGCAAAGAAAGAACUAUAUCCUGGGUGUAAAAAGUUUUCGAUGCUUUCUUUUAUCAUUAGACUGUUUCAUGCUAAGUGUGUUGGGGAAUGUAGUGACAAGGGUUUCAGUAUGAUGCUUGAUACAGUGAGGGAAGCCUUCCCCCAUGCUUCUAUACCGAAGUCUUUGUAUGACCUAAGGAAGAUAAUACGAGAGUUAGGACUUAGUUAUGAUAAAAUUGAUGCAUGUCCUAAUGAUUGUAUGUUGUACUGGAAUGAAAACAAAGAUAAAACAAAAUGUGAUACAUGUAAACUUUCAAGGUAUAAAGCAAGUGAUGAUGAUCCUGAAGAUGACUCAAGCACACCUCAUACAGAUAAGAAGAUCGGUGCAAAGGUUUUGCGUUAUUUUCCGCUCAUACCACGGUUGCAAAGGUUGUUUAUGUCAUCUAAAACUGCUGCCUCCAUGAAAUGGCAUGAAGAAAGUCGAACAAAAGAUGGUUACUUGAGACAUCCUGCGGAUUCCCCGGCUUGGAAAACAUUUGAUUUUAUGCAUCCUGAUUUUGUUGUUGAUUCUCGUAAUGUAAGGCUUGGUUUAGCGAGUGAUGGGUUUAACCCAUUUGGAACAAUGAGUGUUUCUCAUAGUACAUGGCCUGUUGUUUUAAUGCCAUAUAAUCUACCACCUUGGAUGUGCAUGCAACAACCUUAUUUCUUUCUAUCUUUACUUAUACCUGGCCUAUCUGCUCCUGGAAAUAAUAUAGAUGUUUAUUUGGAACCGUUGGUGGCUAAGCUAAAGGAGUUGUGGGAUAUCAAUGGAGUAGAAACGUAUGAUGCAUCAACAAAGAGUAAUUUUCAGAUGCGUGCUUCUUUGUUAUGGACGAUAAGUGACUUUCCAGCUUAUGCAAAUUUGUCUGGAUGGAGCACCAAAGGUAAACUUUCAUGUCCUUCUUGCCAUAAGCAUACAAAAUCAAAGCGCUUAAAGCACUGCAAAAAAUAUUGUUUCAUGGGACAUCGUCGAAAUUUGCCAAGUGAUCAUGCUUUUCGAAAAAAUAAGAAGUCUUUUGAUGGCACAGAAGAACUAGAGAGGCAACCACGUGGGUUAACAGGGUCAGAUGUACUUGAUGAGCUAGCUGGUUUUGAAAUUAAAUUUGGGAAACUUGUGAAGACCAACCCAGAUCUACCGUUUAAUUGGAAGAAGAGAAGUAUUUUUUUUUGA